AUGCCGCGGCUGAACAAGCGGGAGUUAGAACGGUGCAGACAGAGGCGAGAACAAUGGAUGGAGAAGCACCUGCCUCGAGUUCACGCAGCUAAGCGUCCCAAUGCUGUGUAUUUGGAGAAUCCUAAAGUGCUGGAGCUGCUUCGACAUAUUUCAGACGGCCUCAAUGAAUUGUUAAUGGCGAGACCUUUGUCUCCUCUUCCUUGGCUCGCAGACUACUUACGACGAACAUGCAAGCUUGAAUACGAGGUUCAGAGCACCGUAUCUGAGAGUUUGAUCCUCGAGAUGCACAGGAAGCGAAGAGUAAUACAAAGGGCUCUUCGCGAUACCAAGCAGAAUGAAACGGAAAUCAAGCAGCUGAUCCGAAAAAUCGUCCUGUUAGAGCAAGACUUAAAGCUUGUAGGUCGAGAACGUCGCCUCAAGAGAAUCGAUUAUGAAUUUCUCGAAUGGGAGCAACCGUCCGUGCAAUCCAACUGGAGGUUGUCCUCUUCCGAACGCAAAUCUUCUGUGACAUUGGGUGCUGCAUCUCCGCAACUUUUUAAGACAAAUUUCGAGUUGACACGGAAGCUGGAAGAGAUUGAACAAGCUCAACAAUCAAUGCACACCCGAUUUCUGACAAUGCAACAAACGUUCGGACAGUUGCAGCAAGAGGUAGCUGUACGCAACAAAUUCAUCGUUAAACUGUCCGAGUUACACGUGACAACGAGGACACAGGCCAUCAUGGACGGCACCUCUGUGUUUCUCAACUCACAGAAACAUUGGGUUCCACGUGGGUAUCUGUUAACUCCGAAAGCUUUGUCCGGCGCUGAGUUACUCGGCUUACGUCGAGCUGAAAGCUUUCUUAUGGAAAGAGACGAAUUUUAUUGGAAAUUUUUACUACGAACUCAACUGGAGUACGACUCAGCUACAUUAAUUCAGAGUGUGUGGCAUGGUCGUCGAGCCUUUCACGCCUUUCAAGAACUCUUAAGAAGACGACGACGAGCUGCUACGUUGAUCCAACGCAACUACUUCCGUUAUCUCUUCACUCGUGCCACUAGUUUGCCUCGUUGGUGUCGUCCUGGACGAGAAGUGAUCGUAGCACCCAGUAUCGCACAGAAAUGCGCCAUCUCCUUUCGAUUCUACCCCAAGAGAGACUUCCCCGCUGGGAAUUAUCGUCGAGAACCGAAAGGAACGAGUAUCUACGAGCUCAUGGAGAUAGCGAGGCAGGACGAAAUGUGCGCGGGUUUCACGACAGAUGGAGCGCUUAAACGCUUCCUCCCGCGCAUGCUCUCUCAACUUAAGCCUAUGAUGUCUUCUCCAUCCACCCAGGACGGUCUCUAUGUCAAGGUGUUCCCAAAUAAAGACGAGAAGGUCAUCAACUCUGCGAUAGUCGUGGAGGUUCCUGAGGAUCGUUUCGGGUUAGUCCGCGUCGUUCUUGACGGUAUUGCGCUCACGGAAUCAGUUCCCGUUGCGAAACUCACAGACCGCUGGAAACGCGUUCGAGUUAAACGUACAAAGUCGAAGGAACGGAGGAAAACUCGCGCUAUAGUUUUCGGUAAAGGAACGCCUACAAUUUUCACGGAUGAUAUCGAGAACGACUCGGCUAUCGUCGAUCCGGGCACCCCCGACACCACUUAUGAACGCAUUGAAAGUGACGAAGAGGAGGUUGAGGAGAGUUUGGAGAAAGAAUGGCGACGUAUAAGGAGACGGAGAAGAAACGAGAACGUUGAUGACGAUCCGGAUUAUAUCUUUGAAGACUUGGCGACAGGCCGCGUCAUGCGUCGUGGACAUCCUAAUAACACUCACGAAGACCCGAUAGCUCGUACACGUGUGAUUGCUUCUCGUAAGAAAGAGUACGAGGACGAGAAGCAAAGUCAAUUUAGAGCCAGGCAACUCGUUUGUGCAGUGAGAAUUCAGUGUGCUUGGAGAUCUAAACGAGCACGAGAACAUCUCCAGCAGAUUUUCGUGCUUCGAGCGAAAGAACGAGAACGUGAACGUCUCGUGGAUCAAGUUGGACGACAAGCUAAACCCAGAAAGACAAAAAGAGGGGGUUUGUUUGCGAAAUUUCGACGUAGAUAA